GGCCAGAGCAGUUUAUUGUUCCAGCACUCCUCUCUCGAUUGUGGAAAACACAUUUUGGAUUCAGUUCUUUAAUAAAUUGAAACCAUCUUUUACACUCCCAUCUCGUUAUGAUCUGUCUAAUAGUUUAUUAGACUCAGAGUUUUCCCGUAUUCAAAAUACUAUAGAAGAAAAAAUUGCAGCUUCCUUGUCUUUGGCAAUUCAAAUGGAUGGCUGGUCCAAUAUUAGAAGACAAGGAAUUAUCAAUGUAAUUUUAAACACACCGGAACCCUUUUUUUACAAAACAAUCCCUACUGGGGCUGACCACCAUACGGGAGACAAUAUUGCAGACAUUAUGUUUUCAAUAAUUGAAGAAGUUGGCCCUAUAAAAAUUACGGGAUUAGUAACAGAUAAUGCUGCCAAUAUGAAGUUAGCUUGGAAAAUCGUACAAGAAAGAUAUCCACACAUUACGCCUUACGGGUGUCUACUACACGGAUUACAUCUUUUUUUCAAAGAUAUUUGGUCUCAAGCUGUCUUUGAUGAAGUAAAAAAUCAUUGCACAAAUAUUGCCAGAGAAAUAAAAAGUCAAAUUUUUUUAGCAGUUUUUAACGAAAAACAACAGCAGGUUAAAGUAGCGUCAAAAAGAUCAGGAUCUACUAUUCAACAAUCUUCACUGCAACUACCAGGAAAGACAAGGUUCGGCAGUGUAUUUUUUUGUAUGAACAGUGUUCGAAUAAACAGGUCUGCACUUCAUGAGCUCUGCGUAGAUCACAGAGUUGAAACCAUUUUAAGUGGAAAUUUAAAACACUUGAUUCUAAAUACUAAUUUGUGGGAUGUUUUAAGUGAAUGCGUUACGCUUUUAAAACCGAUAAUUUCCUGGCUUCACAUUAUCGAAAGCGAUGAUUCGAAAAUGAGUUUAUCAUGUACAGUCUCCUCGGAUAUAAGAAGGCGUGUUCAGGGGAUGAGAAAUUCAAAUCUCUUAAUGAAUUAUUACGCUAAAACCAAUGAAAUUUUAGAAGAUAGGUACGAAUUUUGCAUAAAGCCAAUUCAUUAUUUAGCGAAUUUGUUAGAUCCCUCAAAACGUGGUGAAGAUCUUAUAGACCAGGAACUACUGGAAGCUUUCGAAUGUUUGACAAGACUUUCAGAAUUUUAUUCGGAAAGUGAAGAUAUUUCUGUAGAGGAUGUGCUGACAGACUGCAAUAUGUUCAGAUUAAAAGAAGGAAUCUGGCAGAAAGAUUCCUUAAAUCUGACUAUUAAUAAAAUGUCUCCAUAUAUGUGGUGGAAAUCUUGCUACGUUGGAAAAUCGCUCAGAAAAAUAGCAUUAAAAGUUUUAAGUUUACAGCCCACGUCUGCAGCUUGUGAACGUACAAAUAGUACUUACAAAAACGUACAUAAUAAGACUACAAAUCAUCUCUCAACUGAAAAAGCAGGAAAAAUUACAUAUAUUAAACAAAAUAUGCUGUUUUUAAAUCCUAAAAAUAAGCCUUCAAGAGUUCUUCCAAAUUAUCAAGAAGAAGAGUUAGUUGAAAUAGAGCUGUCCGAUAGCGAAAUGGAAGCUCAAUUCGUGGAGCAGAUCGAUGAGUUGGAAGAAGAGUAACAUUAAAAUGUUAACUUAGGCAUACUAAAAUGUUUUACAACUGUUUUUGUUACUAAACUAAAAUG